AUGGUGUCGCGGUCGUACCAGACAAGAAAAAAAUUAUUACCGCGCUCACGAAGGUUUUCAAAGCGAAUAAACCCUGUCCGAUCCGAUUCCGCUGUCCGCUCUCAGAAGAGGAGGAAGCUGCCGCCUACUGGUUUUGCUUCCGGUGCGACAAGUUCCUGGAACAGGUGGCAUUCGAUGCACAGUCGAUGGCUGACAAAACCGCGGGGCAGCGGGCUUGCGCCAGUUGCGAAGAAUGCGCUGACAUGUUUGACGAUGACGACGAAGACGAUUAUUAACCAUGUGCGAGAGGAGCAACAAGCCUUGUUCCUACUUUUUACCACCGAAAGAAACCAAAACCUCGCUCCACUCUCAAGGAGAAAAGCGAAAGCCACGACACCGCGGUGCGCGACCACAUGUAUAUAUCUGUAUCAUGAAAGGGCGGCGAUAAUUGACGUAUUAUUGUGGCACAUGCUGGACAAGCGCUGCUGA